CGCGAAAAAGGUUAGACUACAGACAGACAUUAAUUCUAAACAUUCAUCUUCGAAAAUGUUACAAGAAACGGCAGAACCAGGAUGGUUAUCAGAAGAAGUAAAAACAGGGACGACCAUCAUUGCUAUUGAGUUUGAUGGAGGGGUGGUGUUGGGCUCCGAUUCCAGAGUGUCUGCUGGAGAGUCCAUUGUAAACCGUGUGAUGAACAAGCUCUCCCCCCUCCAUGAUAAGAUCUACUGUGCUCUGUCGGGCUCCGCUGCUGACGCCCAGACCAUCGCUGAGAUCGUCAACUACCAGCUGGACGUACACAGCCUGGAGAUAGAGGAGGACCCUCUGGUGCGCUCGGCUGCCACCCUGGUGAAGAACAUCUCCUACAAGUACAAGGAGGAGCUGUCGGCACACCUCAUUGUUGCUGGCUGGGACAGGAGAGGAGGGGGGCAGGUGUUCGCGACCUUGAGUGGCCUGUUGUCACGACAACCAUUUGCGGUGGGGGGGUCAGGGAGUUCAUACGUCUAUGGGUUUGUGGAUGCGGAGUACAAGAAGGGCAUGAGCAAAGAGGAGUGCCAACAGUUUGUUGUCAACACGCUCUCUUUGGCAAUGAGUCGUGAUGGUUCCAGUGGAGGUGUGGCAUACCUCGUCACAAUCGACCAAAAUGGCACAGAGGAGAAAUGCAUCCUAGGAAACGACUUGCCCACCUUCUACAAUCAGUGAAAAGUCUCUUCUGUUGAAUUUUGACAGAUUUACAUUGCUUACAAACUGCCAAACAUCACUGCAGUUUAAUAAUUUGAAAAUAAUCAUUAAAGAAAUGGUCACAUCUGCUAAUUAGUUAGACCCUGGUAGUUUGUAGGCUAUAACAAACCAUAUUAUUGUUAUGAAACCCCCAAAACACAAUAAAGCAUAAUUUAAUACACAUCCAUGUACACUUAUUCAUAGUGGCAAUUAUUCAUAGGACAUUAUACAUUACAAUAAACAUAGUUCAGUAAAAGAUAAACUCGUCUUUUUGUCAUC